AUGCGUUUUAGACCUUUCCAGGCGAUCACUAUUGGAUACAUCGGCUUAAGUAUUGCCGCUCCUAGUCCAUCCCGCGACUGGGAUGUACAUGCUGGAAUUGGUUUCGAUAUAGGCAGGCGCUCGGCCCAGAGCCUCGAAGCUUGCCCUGCCCCCAAAGAUAUUCCCGUUACGGCCCCCAAGAAAAACCCUUUCACAUCCUUGACACCUUCUGAGAUCCAUUCGGUGGCAACUUGGCUGUUGGAGACCAAAUCACUUGGGUUAAAUCUUACAAAUAGCUCAAGUCCAACCUUGUCUCUGAGCGAUAAUUAUAUUGCUCACAUUGAGACACUUAAGCCUAAUAAAACAGAUGUCCUAUCCUACGUGGACGGCAACGGCGUCGUGCCGCGACAUGCUCGAGUUAUCAUUAACCACGGCUCGGGUAGCCCCCCUACCGUUUCCGAAUACUUUGUAGGUGGAAGCAAAGCAAGACUUUUCAAGCAAAUCCUUACACUGACUAAUUUUCCUUCACUACAUGCCGGGCCACUUCCCAUUUCCUGCAACACAACCCUUCACCCUUUAGAUUACUUCUACAAUGGUCCAAAUGGGCCAAGCGUCUUGCUGAAUGGAGGCUUCAUCGACAAAGUCAGGAAGGCCGCCAUCGACAGCGCUGUUGCCAAGGCCAUGUCUCAGAUUGCUGAUAUCACUGCCGACUUGAUUGACGUGGUGUACUACGGUAGCAGCGACCCUCGCUCCACGGCAGCCUACUACGUACAAAACCCCUUCUCCACAGAUGGCACCACUGGUGUUAUCUGGACAUCAUGGAGAAGGGCCGGCCUGGCCCCGUAUGAUCAUCCCUCCGACUUGUAUGUGAGCUUUGGCAUUGCCGGAACAGACCCUAGCCUCUACCACAUACGCAAAUUUGUGUAUAAUCUCAAGGUUUACGAGACGGUUGAGGAGUUUCGCAAUGCUUGGGAGUCGGGAACCAUGGUCAAAUCGCCCGCGCCAGCCAAGGACGCCGAUUUCCAACGAAAAGAUCGCCGAGGGAUGAUCCGUGAACUGGAAGACCGUCUGGCACCAACUGUUUUGACUCUUGACAAGAGAUAUAAGAUUGACAAGGAGAACAAGUACAUCGAGUACCUUGGCUGGAAAUUUUAUAUGAGAUAUGACAAGGAUGUGGGUAUUCAGUUCUAUGACAUCAAGCUCAAGGAUGAGAGAAUCAUGUAUGAGCUCUCACUUCAAGAUGCCAUUGCCCAGUAUGCUGGAAGUAAUCCUUUCCAAGCAGGUACCGCCUAUAUGGACCGAUACUUUGGUAUUGGCCUUCAGGCUGGCAGAUUGAUUCCUGGAUAUGACUGCCCCUAUCAUGCCACUUACCUUGACUCCAACUUCACCAACGGAAUUACAGCUCUGAGGCAACUGUCAAAUGUUUGCAUCUUUGAGACAGAUAUCGGCGUCCCCGUAACUCGCCACACAGACAAAUCGUACAUGCAGUCCACGAAAGGCUCCAAACUCGUUGUCCGCAUGAUUGCCACCAUCGGAAAUUACGACUACCUCUGGGAUUACGGGUUCUAUGUUGACGGAACCAUUACUGUCGAUGCCCAUGCAUCAGGCUAUGUCCAAGCCAACUAUUUCAGACCCGAUGAUGAAGGUAAAUGGGGCCCAAGAAUUCAAGAGACUAUUGCUGGCACUCUGCACAGUCACGUCAUGAAUUUCAAAGCUGACUUCGACCUUAUCGACACAGCCAAUACCUUCGUCAAGACGGACAUUGUGGUUGACAACAUCACCCAACCCUGGUUCCCAGAGCGUGGCGAGUUUGAAAUGAUGCGCUAUAACAUCAGCGAGAUUGCAACCGAGGAUGAUGGCUUGCUCGAGAUGCCAGCAAACGGUCAAUCCAUGUUCACCAUUGUCAACAAGAACCAUACGAACCGCUGGGGUCAGCUUAGGGGCUACCGCAUUCUCCCAGGUCUAUCCAAUGUUGUGCUUCCGUCAAAGCGCUCGCCCUUUUUCAGGCGGUCAGUCAACUUUGCCAAGCAGCCAUUUGCAGUCUCGCGUCAACAUGAUACUGAGCCCGGAUCCUCCCCUGCUCUGAAUCAGAAUGUCCCUGAGGCACCACUUGUGGACUUCUACAACUUCUUCAAUGGAGAGUCCCUCGUACAAGAGGAUCUUAUGGCAUGGAUCAACCUCGGUAUGCAGCAUUAUACUCGCUCUGAGGACAUCCCCAACACUCUUAUGUCAGAAGCACACUCGAGUAUCAUGUUUGCCCCGCAGAAUUGGGGAACCACUGAGCUCACAACGGACCUGGCCAAUUCUGUGAUAUACUAUGGGGUCCAGAAUGGCACUGCUACGCCUCAGACAAACGGCGUGAAGCCGUCCAGCUGUUUCCCCAUGGGACCAGAAGACACUCUAGAGGGAAUUUUUGAGAGCGGCACAGUUGAAAAGCCAGAUCUACCUCAUGAGGGAUGA